GUAUAUAUGUGGACGUGUACGUAUAUGUACCACUCUUCCAUUUUCGCUCCAUGUUUGAUCACCAGGUGAGGACGUGUUCCAGAUCAGGGGUCAGAAUGGAUUACUGCAUAACUGCAUGGAUGCUCUCCCAGAGGUUUCUGGGAAACAGGAAGUGGACGAGACAGAAGAUCAUGUCCUGGAAAGCUUGUACCCCGUCUCCCCCACCAUCGACCUGCAGCAAGUCCACGUGUACAAGGAGGAGCUGAACUGCACUGGUUUCAGGGGUGACUACCCUUAUCCUCAUGCCCACACGCUGUACUUUCUGGAGGGAGCCGAUGCUGGCUGUAAGCUCCGGCCAGAGCAGUUCAGAGCCAAGAUGCUCAUGUUCACCUUUGGAAAUGCUCUGGUCCGUGCGCACACACUUUAUGGGAGCCAGCCCCAGCGUGUAUUAGAUCAUCCCAUAACAGUACAGGCAGUGGGGACCAACGGCAGAAUUUUCCAGUUUAUGGUCCUCCAGCUCAACACCACAGAUCUCUCAAGAGACGACGGCAUCAAGAACCAGGUGUGGCUGGAUGAAGAUGUUGAGCUCUAUGACUUUGCAAAAGUGCGACCACUCAUCAAGAAGAAGCAAGUAAAGGUAUGACCAAGAUCCACUUCUGUCUGUUGGUAACUGUGACUCACCAUGCUCAGUGUGACUUACAGCCACGUUCUUUCAACACUGUUGCCUCCUCAGCAAAUCAGAAACAUUACCAUUAUUUAAAGGGUGGGUCCAUUAUUAUUAUUAUUAUUAUUAUUUUUAGGUUUGUAUAUCAUUCUGUAGCUUCCCAGUGAUGUUCCUUAUGUAUUUAAAUUUUAGUAUGCAUGUUAAAGUGUCAAAAUGCUAUUUUCCGAAGCCUUUUAAACAAAACCUUUCCUCUAUGACAUUAUACUGGUUUCUGCAUGAUGAUACUACAUAUACAGUAUAUAGUCAGUGCAUACAGUACAUUAGAUGGAGGUCGGGACGCUCCCAGUUUGGAGAAGCAGACAGGAGAACACGGGCACUGUACUGCUGUG